AUGGUGUCCUCGAUGUUCCGCAAGCGCCAUGAGGCCGAAGAGAUCACGCCCAUCCCGGCGCCCCUCGACUCCAACUCGUCGGGCGUCGAUCAUUUGCACCACCUGCAGCAGUUUGAAAAGGCUCACAAGCUCGACCCCAACCUGCCCAUCGACGAGCUCAACGAUGUCGACGCCGCCAUUGCCACUGGCAACGCCGAAAAGGGCCUUGAGAUUGAGCACGCCCUCAUGGAGGACAACAGCCCCUAUCCAGAGGUCCGCGCAGUCGUGCGCAACUACGACGUCGAUGUUCCCGCCAAUACGGUCCGCGCCUGGGUCAUCGGCAUGGUUCUCUGCACUCUCGGCUCCGGCAUCAACAUGCUCUUCUCGCUCCGCAACCCCAGCGUGGCCAUCACCACCUACGUCAUCCAGCUCAUCGCCUAUCCCAUCGGCCGCGGCUGGGAUCUCGUCAUGCCUGACCGGGUCUGGAACCUGUGUGGGCUCAAGUUCAACCUCAGGCCCGGCCAGUUCAACCACAAGGAACACGUCGUCAUUGUCGCCAUGUCCAAUGCUGCAUAUGGCGGAGGAGUCGUCUACGCCUCGGACGUCCUGAUUGCGCAAAAGAUCUUCUACGGCCAGGACUUUGGACCUGCCUUUCAGAUUCUCUUCAGCAUCACCACCCUGUGCACCGGCUAUGGGCUCGCCGGUCUUGCCCGGCGCUUCUUGGUCUGGCCCGCCGCCAUGAUCUGGCCCGCCGAUCUCGUCAACUGCGCCCUGUUCUACACUCUGCACGACCACUCCAGAUCGGAUCCUUCGAAAACCAACGGAUGGUCCAUUGGGCGCUACAAGCUGUUCCUCGUCAUCAGCUGCGGCGCCUUCUGCUACUAUUGGUUUCCGGGCUGGAUCUUCAAGGGCUUGUCCAUCUUCUCCUGGGUCUGCUGGCUCGCGCCCAACAGCGUCGUCGUCAACAAGGUCUUUGGCCCUCAGCAUGGAUACGGCCUGAUGCCCAUUAGCUUUGACUGGACCGUCAUAAGCGGGUUCAUCGGCUCGCCUCUCAUCCCCCCCUUUCACGCAAUCGCCAACGUCCUCGGAGGCAUCCUCUUCUUCUUCGUCUUCGUCUCCAUGGGCAUCCACUUUAGCGGCGUGCUGUACUCCGAGUACGUCCCUGUCCAGUCUAGCGAGUCGUUUGACAACACGGGCAAGCCGUACAACGUCAGCCGCAUUCUCGACGCCAACUAUCAGUUCAACGAGACUGCCUACAAGGAGUACUCGCCCCUGUAUCUGUCGACCCAGUUCGCCAUGGCCUACGCCAUGUCCUUCGCGGCAAUGGCCGCCGUCCUCAUCCAUGUCGCUCUCUAUCACGGUAAAGAGAUUUGGAGGCAGUUCAAGAUGGCUCGGCACCAGGAAGACGACGUUCACAUGCGCCUGAUGAAGAAGUACCGUGACGCCGAGGACUGGUGGUAUGGAGCAAUCACAGCUCUGUUUGUAGUCAUGACUGCCAUUUCUUUUGGUGUCGUGGCAGGCUGGCCCACCGGCUUCCCCGCGUGGGCGUUUGUGGUUUGCCUCUUGAUCCCCAUCAUCUGGCUCAUCCCAAUCGGUCUCAUCCAGGCCAUCACCAACAUCCAGCUGGGCCUCAAUGUCUUGACCGAGUUCAUCAUCGGCUACAUGGUCCCUGGACGGCCCCUCGCCAUGAUGAUGUUCAAGAAUUACGGAUACAUCUCCAUGUCGCAAGCCCUCUAUUUCGCUCAAGAUCUCAAGCUCGGCCACUACAUGAAGGUGCCUCCUCGCGUCAUGUUCGCCUCGCAACUCGUCGCCUCGAUUUGGUCGGCCAUUGUUCAGAUCGGCGUCCUGAACUGGGCAGUCCACCACAUCCCCGACGUGUGCAAUCCUCAGCAGCCAAACAACUACACUUGCCCCAACGGGCGUGUCUUUUACACGGCGUCGGUCGUCUGGGGAGCCAUCGGCCCGGCCCGCAUCUUCAGCCACGGAGCCGUCUAUGCCUCGCUGCAGUGGUUCUGGCUCGUCGGGGCUGCCACGCCCAUCAUCAGCUGGCUUCUCGCGCGGCGGUGGCCCAAGUCUAUCUGGCGCUAUGUCUGCACGCCCGUCAUCUACGGCGGCACGGGCCUGCUGCCUCCAGCGACCGUGUACAUCUUCCUCUGCUGGGGAGUCGUGGGCAUCAUCUUCAACUACUUCAUCAAGCGCCGCUACAUGGGGUGGUGGCUGCAGUACAACUACAUCACGUCGGCCGCUCUGGAUUGCGGCCUGAUUGUCUCGACAAUCGUCAUCUUCUUCACCCUCUACCUGACGAGCACGAGCCCGCCAAGCUGGUGGGGCAACGCGGGAGUCUUUGAGACGCUCGACUUUACCAACGGAGCCGUCACGACGCAUCUCAAGCCCGGGGAAACAUUUGGGCCAUCGGUAUUCCCCUGA